AUGUUCAGCUUCCAGUCGCGUCAGUCACAGCUGAUCCACCUCGUGGAAGACACCAAGCAACACCGUGAGAAUGCUUCCGGCGAUGAGCCCGAGCUGCCGGAGCUGCAGGUCCUUUCAGAAGACGUGGACCUGGAGGCACACUGGGCUUUGCGCCGUGCUUUAUCCUCCAAGCCAUGGCAUCGAGGUGUGGCGCAGGCCCUGCUCGCUGCCUUUCAGGGCGAUGACUUUGAGAACCUGCCAUUGGCCAAAGGAGCCAGAGGCUCGCAGCAGAAGUUGCAACGGAUCUUGAAGAGACAUACCUUGCAGCUGAACGCAGUGGGGAUGAAAGCCUUGCUGGAGGCUUUGGACAAAGGUGUGACUGACGCGAUGAUUCAGUCUCUGUUCUCUGCCUUGGGUACCUCAAGGGGUACCGUAGAAAUCGAUACAUUUCUGCAAUGGCUGUUCCAAGAUCAGCUUGCGUAG